AUGCUAACAACAACUUUUAUAUUAAUCUUCUUAUUAACCGCAAUUCUUAUUUUCCUUAGUUUUUGACUCCCCCAAACGAACCCGGAUACAGAAAAACUUUCGCCUUACGAAUGCGGCUUUGACCCCCUAGGAAGUGCCCGCCUCCCCUUCUCAUUACGCUUCUUCCUUGUUGCAAUCCUAUUUCUACUGUUUGACCUAGAAAUUGCUCUUCUCCUCCCACUCCCUUGGGCAAUCAGCACAUCCCCAGGCAGCACAAUACUUUGAACCACAAUAAUUAUUAUACUAUUAACACUAGGCCUCGCAUAUGAAUGAUUGCAAGGGGGCCUAGAAUGAGCAGAAUA